UUGGUUUUAUCACAAGAUGAAGCGACAGAUAAUGUUGAAAUCCCAGGUUAAUGCUAAGAACACAGAUGUUAAAAUCGGAAGACUUUUGUAACAGUCUGAGGCGAGUUAGCUUAUGUCUGCCGGGAAAUUCCCGUGUCACUUAUGAACUUCCCUCCUUAACUAGCUUCAGAUGUUUUGUUUCAAGACGUUUAAAGUGAAAGUAGGAUGUAAUUGAAGAAGCAGAACACAUAAUGGCAGAAGGCGUGGAUGUAAACAAAUUACCCCAAAUUUUUAAAUUUCUGAACUUAUCCCCGUUUUGGGGCUUUGAUGUGCACGAGGUGAAAAAUCUGAACUUGCAUCUCGCUUCAAAACUUAUUUUUAUCUGCAAUAACUUCUUUAAAGAAGAUUUUAGCCGUAUUAAAGGUCAACUGCACGAAUCUAAGAAAUCUUGCAUCACAACAGUUGACCACGUAUUGUAUCAAACAUUCUUAAAUUGUACAAAUUACCGAUGUGUUUAUGGAGCAGAUACAGUAGAAGAUGGAAAAGUUACCUAUACUGACAAUCUAGGUGAAUUAGAGAUAUUUCAAACAGGAAGUAUUGGUGAUGGUCUAUUGACUGUAUCCUCGGAUAUAGACAUAAUGGUAUCAUUCAACAAAUACAUUGCAACUGAUCAAGUUGGGUGUCAACACAGUCAUGAUGAAAACGUCAUUGUACUGGAAAAAGGAACUACAGAUGCUUUCGUCUACAUUCCUGAAAACCAUAUCAUGAACAAGAUAGUGUCUGCUGAGUCAAACGACGUGUUUGAAAGACAUGGUCCUGCAUUAAUGCAAGUGAUCAAAGAAGACAAUCAUCUGAGAGGAGAUGUGGAAGUAGAAGUGACAUGCUGUAUUCCAUUAAAAGACUGGCCUACUGUUAGUCACCAAUGGUUUUCUAGAUCAAGGUCUGAUUGGCCAAACUCUGACAUUGUUAAAGAAUGCAGCCAAUCAAAAUGCUAUAUUGUUGCGAAGCAUUACCCAGGGAACGAUAGCAACACGAACGAAUGGCGCUACUCAAUGUCUGUUGCUGAACGAAUCCUGUCACGCAGUUUUUCUGAAAGACAGAGGGAAACAUAUAUAGUGGCAAAGUUUAUUUUAAAAACAAACGUCUUUAGAGAAGGAGGCCUGUCAUCAUAUCAUUUAAAAACAACAAUGUUCUGGUUGUGCGAGGAGAUUCCAAUGAAAUCUUGGGAGAAGAAAACAAUUACAGAAAGGGUAACAAUGUUGAUAAGCAAGCUUAUGGACUGUCUUUUGCAAGUAAAUUUGCCCAAUUUCUUUAUACCCACUAGUAAUAUCAUCAGCCACUUGACACAAGACACCAUACAAGGAGCUGUAAGUAAGAUUCGAGAGAUAUUAAGUAACGUGAAGGCUUCUCUCAUUAUGAAAAAGAUUCAAGGGAUGCCAAGAUCAUUAAAGUUACCUUUUGAAAUAAGUCAAUUGACACUGUGGAAAGAUACUGGAACAGAAAAAGAUCAGCUUAUUUUAGAAAGAAUUUAUUGCAACUACCUUUACUGGGCGUUACUUAAUCUUGCCAAUAAUAUGUUUGAUGAUGCAAUGAAAUCAUUACAAGAAGUUCCAUAUAUUACUGAAUACCAACAGUCCGAAGCAACAACAGCAUUUACCGCAUGCAACAAGAAUUGUAAAGAAUGUCAGCAUAUUUCAAGUAUCAACGAAUCUUCUUUUGUUACCAUUAACACAUUGAUAUCACUGGCAAUUGGUGAACAGGAACCGUAUUUCUUUAGUGCAUACUCAGACAUUAACUUAGCUUGCGAAGCCUUUGCAAAUACUGUCAUGGUGCUAUUUCUUAAAACUGAACAUGCGAAAUUGCUUGAGAGAUUAAUAUCUUCAGUUAAGCAGAUCACAGUCGAUGAUACUAAGGUCGUGUUAUUUUGCCAUCUAUUCUUGCAAGUUACUAACCAUUCCAACUAUAUGAUCAACCAAAAUCCGUCUAUUUACAACGAGGAACGGGACAAGCUCUUCCAAAUGCUUCAUUGCGUGCAAGAACAGCUUCAAUUUACACUUGUUCAUAAGAGUAUAUUGGCAGCAUGGGCAACCUAUCGCUCAAAGUUGAAGGAGAAGGUUACGAUAGCAUAUUACAAGCGAUAUAAUUUGGAUGCUAAUAUGUUAAUCAUCAGUUUAGUGUUAAAUUCAUGCCUGCAUAUGAUGAGCGAUUCCGAUCCCAACAACUUUCAAUAUUACAAUCUCAGAUCUGCUAUGCUUAUCAUUCUUUCAAAUGAAACAAACGCAGCGAAGGAAAGCUUAUACUUCGGUGUGUCAUUAAUUACUUGUUUCGUGGUUAUGGCACGGGAUUUUGAAGGUUUGAAGAAGCUCGUUGCAAUGAUAAACGACCUCAGUGAAUGGAACGGAGAAGAAGGGAAAAAAUUGUUAUUACCUAUUUUGACCGAGCUGGUUAAUUUUGUCCAAAAUCCACUAAUAGCUUCUGAGAAAUGUAUCGAUCAGUUGGCACAAUCGGCAAGCUCCUUAUCAAUUGCAACAAGAAGCUUAGAGUAUCUGAAAAAGUAUUGCCAACAUGUGUCAGACCAGUCUGGUUUGCCAUACCUAUACGCUACAAUAGCUGAACUCAUGGCUUCAGAAGACGCUUUUUCAUUAGCAAAACAGCUCAUUGAAGAAUCGUUUGUUCUACUUGAAGAAAUACAAGAGACCCCACCAGAAAGUAUGGUGGCAUUGCACAAGGAGGUCAGUCAAAAAUCUUCAGGUGUUCAAUCUAGCAGUAACUAAACCUGAAACAUUGACUAAGUCCAAAACGUACGAGCUUUAAAAACACUUUGGCUUAUUUAUUCCGCGAACCAGGCAACAGAUAAUAACCAUGUUGAUUGAAAUUGAACUGUUGUAAAAAGUAUAGAUCGUCUUAACUUUUCAUGCAUAUUAACUGAAACGCUUCUGGUUGUUUUAUUUUUUUUUUAAUUUUGUUCCUUGUUUUUUAAUAUGUUUAUACUUAAGGUUUUCUUAACAUACGUAUUUAGAAGGUCCGAAUUUUAUUUUACAAAUGUGUUUUUAUUUUGAUGACACAUUCCAGCAGCAAAAGAUGCAUCGGCCUUUCAAUGCAUAAAUAUAUUAGCUUUUAGUCAAAAACUAACUGCCGCCCCAUACUUAAACUUGACAUCGAUUGAGUAUCCUGGGAUUUAAAACAAUGCAAAGUUAAGUUUCAUGGAAAUUUAAAGCAAAUUUUAUGUAAGAAAAUUUCAUAGAAACUCGAUCAAAAUAUCUCAAAAAAUUAUAACGAUGUUGUUGAUGUUGCAACAGCUUUUUGUAUAGCUUUAAAUAGCAGUUAUGGUGAUGAAUAUAUUAUGCAAUAGAACACAUAUGAUAUUAUGUGUAUCGUCUUUGCAAAUCAAGGGAGCCUUUGACAAUGUAUAAGUAUAUAUACAUAUAUUUAGAAAAAUGUUGUUUGUCUGUA